AUGGCAGAGGACUUUUGGAAGGAUUGGCCAAAAAUGAAUCUGAAGGCGACUUCGGCGGAGUACUACUUCGAGUCCUACAACCACUACGGUGUCCACGAGGACAUCUUUCAGGAUGGAGUGACCAUCCCAGCCUUUCAACAAGCGAUCUCCCAGAAUGCCCACAUCUUCCAGGGGAAGGUGGUCUUGGAGGUGUGCUCCGGCCUCGGCCUUUGUUCCCUCUUCGCGGCGAAGGCUGGUGCGCAGAAGGUCAUUGCCAUCGAGGCGCAUAGCGAGCUGGCGGAAGUGAGCAGAGAGAUCGCGAGAAGAAAUGGCUAUGAAGAGGGUUGA